GACUCCAAGCAGUACGGCGGGCGGCACUAGAGGGAGCUGCGGCCGCGCCCGCCCCGCAGCGCCGGCCCGGCCCGAGCGCCGCCUCCCCAGCCAGCGCCGCCGCGAUGGCGGAGGACAGCGAGUCUGCGGCCAGCCAGCAGAGCCUGGAACUGGACGACCAGGACACGUGCGGGAUAGACGGAGACAAUGAGGAGGAGAUGGAGCACGCCAAAGGAAGUCCUGGAGGGUAUUUGGGAACCAAAAAGAAAAAGAAGAAACAGAAGAGAAAAAAGGAGAAACCAAAUUCCGGAGGCACCAAGUCAGAUUCGGCGUCUGAUUCCCAGGAGAUUAAAAUUCAGCAGCCUUCGAAAAAUCCCAGUGUUCCAAUGGAGAAGUUACAGGAUAUCCAGAGAGCAAUGGAGCUGUUAUCCGCAUGCCAGGGCCCAGCCAGGAACAUUGACGAGGCUGCAAAGCACAGAUACCAGUUUUGGGACACACAGCCAGUACCUAAACUAGAUGAAGUCAUAACAUCUCAUGGUGCAAUUGAACCAGAUAAAGACAACGUACGCCAAGAACCGUAUUCUUUGCCACAGGGUUUUAUGUGGGACACUUUAGACUUGAGUAAUGCCGAAGUGCUCAAGGAGUUAUACACGUUGUUAAAUGAGAAUUACGUAGAAGAUGAUGACAAUAUGUUCCGAUUUGACUAUUCACCCGAGUUCCUGUUGUGGGCUCUGCGUCCACCAGGCUGGCUCCUGCAGUGGCACUGUGGGGUCAGAGUGUCUUCAAACAAAAAGCUGGUCGGGUUCAUAAGCGCCAUCCCAGCAAACAUUCGGAUUUAUGACAGGUACAUGUUUAAGCUCGACCAUGCUGAAGAGGUGAACGCUGAAAGGGAUCUUCCAGGGCUGGUGUACCCGCGGGGAGUGGUUCUUCCUAAGCCUGUUGCCACGUGCAGAUACUGGCAUCGAUCACUAAACCCCAGAAAACUGGUAGAAGUGAAAUUUUCUCACUUGAGUAGAAAUAUGACUUUACAGAGAACAAUGAAACUAUACAGACUUCCAGAUGUUACAAAGACUUCAGGUUUGAGACCAAUGGAACCAAAAGAUAUCAAAUCAGUUCGAGAAUUAAUCAACACUUACCUGAAGCAGUUUCAUCUGGCUCCAGUGAUGGAUGAAGAGGAAGUGGCCCACUGGUUCCUCCCCCGGGAGCACAUCAUUGACACGUUUGUAGUGGAGAGCCCCAACGGUAAACUGACUGACUUCCUGAGCUUCUAUACGCUCCCCUCCACGGUGAUGCACCACCCUGCUCACAAGAGCCUCAAAGCCGCCUACUCAUUCUACAACAUCCACACAGAGACGCCCCUACUGGACCUCAUGAGCGACGCGCUCAUCCUCGCCAAAUCGAAAGGAUUUGAUGUAUUCAACGCACUGGAUUUGAUGGAAAAUAAGACAUUCUUGGAAAAACUCAAGUUUGGUAUAGGAGAUGGCAAUUUGCAGUAUUACCUGUACAAUUGGAGGUGUCCAGGUACAGAUUCUGAAAAGGUUGGACUAGUACUACAAUAGAUGGAUAUUUUUAUUUCUAGAACUCUGACAUCAUCAUUUGUUAAUAUUUAAUGAUUUCUGGAACUGCCAUUCCAAAGAAGAAUAAAAGCACAACUCAAGUGAAAUUGAAGUAGUCGAUAAUCAGAAAAGAUGACAAAAGUCCACAUGUGACAUUUGUACACAUUUCUAGCUAGAAUAUUAAAGUUCAUCCUUUUUUCACCGUUGACCUAUUUGUAGGAGGGAUGAAAGGCUAUAAAGAGCACAGUCUUGUGAUUUUCAAAUUUUUGCCUGUCUCUUGAAGAGAGGUAUUUUUUCACCCUUAGAAAAGGGACUGGUUUUCUACGGACUAAGUAGAAGUUACAGUUGUGUAAGAAAGUCUUUGCUAUUGUGUGGAGAUAAGCUGCUGCAUUUCUGUUUCUUAAGUGAUGGUACAUUUGUCCAUGUAACAGAACAAAAGAUCCAUUUGGAAAUUUUUUUUACUGGUAUCACCUUACAUGGUAUCACUGGGAACAUUUAUGGAAACAACACUUCUGUAGCUCAGUGACAGGUGGGGGUUAUUUAAGUGCAGAGCAAUAUUAAAAUGUACUGGUGACUAGUACAUGUAUUUCUCCAUAAGCAGAGUUGCCAAAUCAAUAAACAUACAAGUUUGUACUUUGAUCUUCACCAGGUCAGUGGAUUGCUUCAAAAGCAAAGUUUUGUGCAAGCACUCACUAUGCUCUCUGUAAGAGCCUGUGGCCGGGCGCGGUGGCUCACGCCUGUAAUCCCAGCACUUUGGGAGGCCGAGGCGGGCGGAUCACAAGGUCAGGAGAUGGAGACCAUCCCAGCCAACAUGGUGAAACCCUGUCUCUAUUAAAAAUACAAAAAUGAGCUGGGUGUGGUGGCGUGCGCCUGUAAUCCCAGCUACUUGGGAGGAGAAUCACUUGAACCCGAGAGGUGAGGUUGCAGUGAGCUGAGAUCGAGCCACUGCACUCCAGCCUGGGUGACAGAGCACAAGACUCCGUCUCAAACAAAAGAAGAAAAAAGAAAGAGCCUGUGCCCACGACUAACUAUAGACUUUUCUGCUGUUGUGCAAAGUUCAGUUUCUUCUCAGCAACAUCAAGGAUAUAUGAAGAAAAGGAAAUAAAAACUGUAAAGUCAAAAGAGAUGCCUGGUGGAACUUAUUCAUGCUAUCAGGGCAUUGAUAGUUUGAAUGUUUUUAUUACUUAUGCAAAAUUGCACAUACUCCUCUAUGCUGACUUUAUCAUGAAAACUGUCAUGUGUCAUGCUAAUGGAAAAUGUCUUAUUUGUAAAUAAGUAUUCAUAAUUUUGUUACUGAUGGUGUUUUUAAUCCAGAUUUGAAAAACUUU